GCGAGUUCAGCCAGAGCAUCCCCAGAAGUGCUUGAGCUUCAUGGACUUUGGUGACCUGCCCCAACUGGACAGUAUUGGUCAGGAUGCCGACCAACCGGAAUCAUGGGCUGUGCAGCAGGAUGGCUCGCUCAGACACUGCUUGACUAACAUCGUCAUCGGCGAGGGUGGGCUUCGGGAUGGAGUCGGAGAGAUUGAAGUGGAUCAGACAAAUCUCCUCGGUCGUGGAGGCGGCGGCGUUGUCUGCCGGGCCGUACACAAGCCCUCAGGCAUGCCUUUGGCAGUGAAGGUGGUCAGAGUAGAGGACAAGGCGAAGCGUGAUCAGCUCAUCAACGAGAUCCACACCCUCUUCCGGAUCACGAAGAGUCACUUCUUGAUCGAGCUCUAUGAUGCGUGA